UAGCACGGCAACACUGAACAGGACUGCAAGCUAUCGAUUAUUUAAUUGUCAUGGUCGAUAUGGGAUGUGACUAUCUUUCAUUUUUUCACUAUCUUUUUGCAUACCUCGACGCACGGACCCACGGAGCUUUUUGAAAUUUUCUUGUUUUCUGAUAAGCACAGAUAGCCAUGGAUAUUAAAAGGAAAUCAGUUAGAGAAAUUCGUCGAUGGGAUUCGCAGUUAAAGAAGCAUUUAAGUGAACACGAAGCAGCUAUACAUGAUUUCUUUGAACUGAAUUCAAUACAUGAUAUAAUCUAUAAUGAAACUAAUUCAAAAAUUAUGAUGCAGCACAUUGAUUUGCUCAUUAAAACUGAUACAAUUGAAGAAUUUCUGUUGGGCAUUUCUAAGAAAAUCGCCGAAAUACAAAUCAAACUCAUAGACAGCUCGAAAAAAAUUAAAAAUCGGAAGGAACUAUCAAUCCUUAUGGAAGUUUUGCGGCAAUAUACAGUUUUCGACAAGGCGGCAGCAGAACGCAUUGACGUAGCGAAUAUUAGGUUUUCCAAAAUCGUUGAAAAAGCGUUUUCUAAGACACUUAAUGAGGCAUUUUUAAAAUUCCCUAUGAAGUUUAUUUGCACGAAGAGUCUUUAACUUUUUGUCAUUGUGUAUUGAUAAAACGAUGUAAAUAUCAAUUUUAAAUUAAAUAACAUAAUUAAUAUCUAAA